AUGGCACCGAUAACUUCUUCCAAGUUCAUGAAGGUCAGCGAAGACGUUAUAAUUGAGCUUUCGUUGACAUUUCCGACGAACAACAGCAAUCAGAAUAUCCCAUCGCUCAUAUUUCUUCACUUCUGGGGUGGCUCUUCUAAGACUUUUGAGUCAGUCAUUGAGACCCUAUCACCAUUUUACCCGACUAUUGGAAUUAGUCUUCGGGGAUGGGGUGCCUCCACUGGUCCUAAUGUAGCUACUGCUUACAAGGUAACGGAUUUUGCGUCCGAUGUGGAAUCUGUUAUUAAGCAAAUGGAGCUGAAAUCUGUCGUGCUUAUCGGCCACUCAAUGGGUGGUAAGAUAUCAAUGGCAAUUGCUGGGAGGCAUCUUCUUCCCAAGGGUGUAUUGAAAGGACUGGCUUUAGUUGGACCUGCUCCCCCAGGGCCUGUUUAUUUGCCGGAUCCUAGCAUGAGAGACGCCCAGAUACACGCCUUUGAUAACAUGGAGAAUGCCCAAAACACCAUUCAUACUGUUCUCUCGGCGCCAGGAAACCUCACUGAUGAGGUCGUGAAGACGGUCGCCGAAGAUAUGGUGCGUGGCAACAAGUGGGCCAAAUAUGCAUGGCCGGCGUAUGGCAUGGAGGACGACAUAACAUAUCUAUUCGAUCGUAUCGAUAUUCCGGUUGUCGUGCUUGCAGGUAAAAAUGACAUACUUGAGCCGGUGGAGAGGAUGAAGACAAAUAUUCGUGAUAAGAUUAAUGCUAUGCAAAAUGGAAAGGCAAGCCUUGUUGUAGUGAAUGGCUCGGGGCAUUUAAUACCACUUGAGAAGCCCAAAGAGGUAGCUCAUGCUAUAAAUUGCUUCAUUCAGACUCUUUAA